CCCAUGAACCGGACCCCAUUUCAAGUUCUUCGUUAUUUUGCAGAUCGCUGAUUUUCCUUUCUCUCUCUCUCUCUCUGUCGCACGCGCGCGCCAAUGGAGAAGCAGCCAAGCGGACCAGAGGAGGCCGUAGCCUACAACAGCAGCGCGGUCAAGAAAGCGCGGCUACAAUCGAUUCUCUCCGCACUUCUGGACGAUCCUAUUCUCUCCGACGUCCCCAAGAAACCCACUCUCGCCGAUGUCGAUACCCUCAUCAACCUGGAGAUGGGGAGCGCCAUGAAGAUCUCCAUCCUCAGAAUGGAUGGCUCCACCUUCGAGGUUGCGGUGCUAAAUUCCGCCACAGUUAAGGACUUGAAGCUAGCAAUCGCAAAGAAAACAAAUGAGAUGCAGCAAGCUCAAAUGGGCCAUCGCCAUAUUUCAUGGAGGCAUGUCUGGACAAAUUUUUCUCUUUCUUACCGUAAUGAGAAGCUUAUCAAUGAUGGAAGCCUUCUUCAGGAUUUUGGAAUUCGAAAUAAUUCUCAGGUGAAUUUUGUUCCUUGUGUUGCAUCAAAGCAAUCUCAGAAGCACUCAAAGCGGCGAAAGCACAGGUUUUUCCAUGGUCUAAAUAAGAGGCUUUAGUUAUGAACCGCAGUUCUAACUUGCUUGAUAAUUUGUCCCUUACAUUUAUUAAAUGAUGGGGCAUUGGCGCACUUGCUUCUAUACGGUGACACCCUUGGAUGCCCUUUGUAUAUGCAAUGAAGAAGACCAAGGGUCCGCAUGCUAUAUCUUCUUAGUUAGCUCUGCUGAUUGCUCAUGAAAAUGCCAUGACAGAGAAAUGCAUUGGAGCGUGUUAAUUUUGGCUUGUGGAAAUGUUUACUUACCAUAGUUA